CAACCCCUCCAUAACACACCAACACUCUCCCACCUACACACACAUACAUUCGCACCAAGCAAACAAGAACGCAAACAUGCCAUCUGAAAAGUUCACCGACGUCUACAAGAAGAUUAGCGCCAUGGGCGACAAGCUCAAGGCAGCUGGUAAGCAGGGUCCUAGCAAUGACGAGCAGCUGCAGCUGUACGCAUACGCCAAAGUAGCAGAGGGCAAGGACUUUGGCGAGGCAAAGAAACCCGGCAUGUUUGAUCUUGCUGGCAAGGCCAAGUACAACAAGUGGAAGGAGGUUGUGGAUGCGGGCACCACGCAGCAGCAGGCUGAGGAGAAGUACAUUGAGGUCGGCGAGCAGAUCCUGGCCAAGCACGACAACUAAGCGUUAUCCCCCCUCCCCUUUUUUUAUCCGCUGAUUGCUCGGCUCGCCGCUCGAGAGACGGAUGUGAAGCUGGGAACUGUGGGAUACGGGAUAGUCAUGUGGUUGGUAUACGUAAGCUGAGUUGAAUAGGUUUGAAUACUAGAUAUGCAAUGUAAAGCUUAGUCAAG